UUUGAGAUAAAUCGAGCUAUUUCAAUAGGAAAGUUGAUAACAAAUAAUGAAAACAAAAUAAUCAUCAAAGAAUAUAUGUAUAAAGAUAUAUAAUGGAAAUUUCAAGUAUUCCUGGUUUUGCCGAUGAAAAAACCGAAAUACAAUUCAAUGGAUUUUGGGAUUGGUUAGUAACAUAUAAUGACAUUUUUGCAUUAUGGCAAGCACAGCCAAGUUUUAUUUAUUUACAGUCAUUGAUUAUUAUUGGCAAUUUAAUUACUUUAUUUCAUGCAUUAAAAAAUGGAGGCCGAUUUAUACAAUUAUGGAUUGGAAUUAUAAUACAUGGCUUAGUCAUAGAAACAAUUUCUUAUAAUCUUCCAAAUAUUGAUAACUUUUGGCAUGCUCAAUCACCAAUUAUCUUUCUUGGUCGGCGGCUACCGUUAUACAUUAUAUUAAUAUAUGUUGUUUUUGUUUAUCCUGCAGUAAUUGCUGUUGAUAGACUAAAAUUACCAAGAUGGAGCGAACCUUUCGCAGCUGGUCUUGUCGUUGUUUUAAUUGAUUACCCAUAUGAUGUAAUGGGUGUGAGAUUAAUGCAUUGGACUUGGCAUGACACGGAUCCUAAUAUUUUAGAUAGACAUUAUUAUGUACCAUGGAAUUCCUUUUACUUUCAUGCAUCAUUUACUGCCAGCUUUACUUUUUGGUUUCAUUUUUCACGAUUCAUUGUGUUUGGAAAAACUAAAAAAUGGAACUUUACUGGAUUCUAUCUCAAGGAAUUUGGAUGUACACUGAUUGCUGCAGUUUUAGGCAUGCCCGGAGGUGUUCUCUUAUUUAUUUUACUUUAUCAUCCUUUACAUGAUGUUUUUAAAAUUCAUUCAGAAAUUACCCUUUUUUUACUUUUUUCAAUAUUUUUGAGUAUUAUAUGGCUUAGUUUUCCAAAGAUAAUAAACACAACUUAUAUAAGCACUACAAAGAAAACUACUAAUUGUGUAAUGUUAUUCUAUAUAUUCUGCUACUACAUAUUUUUCAUUGGAUUAGCUAUAUUUAUUGAUCCUGCUUCUGAAAUAUCUAUUGGAUGGCAUGAACCAAUCGGUCCAUGUUAUGAGAAUUCUUCAAUGCUGAAUGCUUUAGGUCAAACAUUAUAUAAAAGAAAAUAUCUGUGCCUAACAGAUAAUGAUGAAUCCUAUUUUGGAUGGUCUUGUUUAUCAAAUGGAAUACCUCCCAAGAAUGGAGCAAGAUGGUACACAAUUUGUGGUGCUCCAUUUAUUAAUCGAGUAGAAUAUAUUAUUAUUUUGUUAACAAGUUCAAUUUUUGGCUGUAGUUUUUUCUUUAAAACAUUAUAUUCUAACAAUAUUACUAACAGAAAAUGUAAUUAUGAUAAUAAAAUUCCAACCACAAAUAUAGAAGUUAACCACAACCACAUGUAA